AUGCACACCAGUUGUGCAGAUUAUCACGUCGCUUGGAUGUGUCCUGGAGCCGACCUCGAACUCUUGCCUGCGAGGCUGAUGCUUGAUGAAGAGCACCCAACACCGCCUUACGAUACCUACUACGACGAAAAUACUUACGUAUGCGGCACUAUCAAUGGUCACGCAGUUGUUGUUGGGACUUGUCCACCGGGAGGGACAGGUAAUGUCAACGCUGGGCGCUUAACGGGGCCCAUGUUCAAGACAUUUCCUAACAUUCGCAUGGCGGUGCUUGUGGGAGUUGGAGGCGGUAUCCCCCGCGAACAAGUACCUGAUGAUGCUCUGGAUGAUAUUCACCUUGGAGAUGUGGUUGUGGGAUGGCCUGGUGACGACGGACCUGCGUGUGUAUACCACAAGCGAGGGAAAGCCAAAGUUGACGGAAUAUUUCACAUGGUGGGCACACUGCAAAACCCAGACUGGAGACUUACCCAAGCACUUCGUAUCCUUGCUAGCGACCAUGAAAUGGGAAAAAACUUCUUUCGAUUCUCUCAUCAAGGUAGGAUUGCUACCGGCAACACAGUUAUCCAGGACCCCGAGCUACGUGAUAAGAUUAGAGCGCGAUGCAAUAGGGCCCUGUGUGUAGAGAUGGAAGCAGCAGGCGUUGACGCGAGUAGACGAUGCCUUGUUGUCCGUGGCAUCUCCAAUUACGCAGAUUCGCACAAAAACGACUUGUGGAGAUCGCAUGCAGCUGGUAAUGCGGCUGCACCUCGGUCCUUCGUCAGUCGGGGGAAACAGCUUGUCCUAAUAGAUACCCACAUAGCCUCGGAAGGCUGUUGUCGAUAUGCUGUUUACGGCCUAGGUGGUUGCGGGAAGACAGCUCUCGCUCUUGAGACAGCUUUUCGAACACGGGAGCAGCAACCUCAGCGUGCCGUGUUCUGGGUACCUGCGAUCAGCCAAGCAGGUUUUGAACAGGCAUAUCGAGAGAUAGGACUACUCCUUCGCAUAACUGGCAUUACAGAUGCUAAGGCCAAUGUCAAGACACUUGUCAAGGCAUGGCUGAGCGACGAAAGGAGCAACGAGGAUCGGCUGAUCGACUAUCUUCCAUACAGCCCAAAAGGCUCUCUCAUCUUUACAACCCGAGUCGUAGAGGCCGCACACGACCUAGCUGCAAACAACGUCAUAGAGCUGGGCAUACUCGACAGGGAAGAUGCUAAGGAGGUCUUGAGAACACGCUUGUUCAAAAAGUACCAACGCAUGGUUAAAGAUGAGGUAAUGGUUGACGAAUUUCUCAAUAUGCUCACUUGCCUUGCCCUUGCAAUCCAACAGGAGACUCAGCUUCCCAUUGAAGAGUUCCAAGACCAAGAAAGGUAUCUAGAAAUGAAAAAUCCCAUCGCAACAACUUGGUAUAUCUCAUUCAACCAAAUCACGUCACGCGACAAACUAGCAGCCGACUACCUGUCAUUCAUGGCAUGUACAGCGAAUAACGAUAUAUCAGAGUCAAUGCUACCGGCCGAAAGAUUGGAAAAGAUUGUGCCACGCAGCGAUUCCAAGACAAGGGAAGUCUGGACAACAUAUCUGCCUCAUGCCAAAUACGUCAUGGCUAUGUCUGAAACCUCAGAGCAGAAUUUGGGGUGGAGCCUGCUUGAGCGAAUAGGAAAAUGCGAAAUGAUUCUGGGACAAUACAGAGCGGCGGAGGAAACGUAUCGUCAGCUUGUGUUGAGAGCAGCUAAGGCGCUUGGCCAGGAGCAUCCACUUAUCGCAACGCUAAUAAAGAAAGUCUCGAGCAGUGAGCACCUAUACACUAUAGACAUCAUGAAUAGGUUAGCAGGAGUGCUACGGCAAUUAGACAGGUAUGAAGAGGCGGAAAAAAUGUCGCGAAAGUCACUAGAACUAGCAGAGAAAGUCUUUGGCAAGGAGCACCCACGUACUUUGGCUAGAAUGGGUAGCUUAGCAGUGGUGUUAGGAGAUAUGUGCAAAUACGACGAGGCGGAACGAAUAUACGUAGAAACGCUCGGGCUAGCGGUAAGGGUAUGGGGCAAAGAGCACUCGAAAACGCGGAACUGCUUGGAAAAUUUUAUCAACCACCUAAAUAGUUGGGAUGUUGUCCGCGUCCGCUGCUUGGGGACGACUGUUGCCGGCGCUGUACUGGCGCUUGGUCGGAAUAUUGUUCACGUCCGCUGCUUGGGGACGGCUGUUGCCAGCGCUGUAUUGCCGUUUUGUAGGAAUGUUGUCCACAUCCGCUGCUUGAGGGCGACUGUUGCCGGCACUGUAUUGACGCUUGAUCGGGAUGCUGUCUACGUCCGCUGCUUGAGGGCGACUAUUGCCGGCGCUGUACUGACGUUUGAUCGGGAUGUUGGAAUCCACAGCUUCAGUUCUACUAGUCAAUGGCUGAGUGGGCAUGGCCGCUGA